AUGUCUAAUGAACUUCAAGAAGCAUUUGACGAACUGGUCUUGGGGACCAGCGCUCUAGAGGCUUUCCCCUUUGAUGACUUUGCGAACCGACUGCAUAACAAAGUCCGAGCAUGUAUUGGAACAGAAAAUAACAGCGAUGCAGUACAGAAAUAUAUCGAAAGGGCGCCAAAUUAUCCCCCCGAAGACUCUGAUUCCGACAGUUCUCGUCUCGAUGGAUUCGAGGCAUACGAUCUUCUUUACCGACUGUCGUUGCCAGCGGCGAGUCACGGAAUUGCCAGUGUUGAUGGUAGUCUCGACUCCGACAACUUGAGGCGUUUUAUUAGCGCAGACAACUCAAAGCUUCGCUAUCUCGAGUCUUUGACAAAUCUGAUGAGCUUCUGUCUUGGGGAACAUGUCGACUUUCAGCUCAGGUCUCAGGGUAAACGUGACCUGAACGAACUCUAUCAUAUAGAUGGGUUCAAAGAGUAUGUGCUGGAACAAAUCGUAACCGACGAGUUUAUCACCAAUGAGAUACGAAGAGAUAUUGCGAGGGGUAAUCAUCUUUUCAGCAUUGUGUGGCUCCUGCUCGCGGAUUACUUUGAAAAUAGGGAAUUUGCCUUUCGCAAUUCCCCUGCCUCGGGACCUGACUUUGAAAACAAAGCGAGUCACAAAACUCUCAGUCGAUGGUCUUAUACUCUGUGGGCUACGGAGGGCAAAGGAAACCCUGACAGAAUGGAUGAGGUGGUGACGUUCUGUGGGAAAGUGGCCACGAUCAGCAUUUGUCCUCCAAACUCCACAACUGGCUUGCAGCGCCCGACAUCUGUCACAACAGUAAUGAAGUCGUUUUAUAGCCAGGGUAUGAAGGCCCCCAGAGAUGAUGCAUAUACAAAGGAAUUGCAAAACAGCUUGGAUCGACUCUCGGACAAUGAAGAGAUCAUCAACGAGUGGAAGUCUUAUUGUGACACCCUUGCAAGUAGCUGGGAGAUUCAAGUUCGACACUACUGGAACAAAGCAUUCUUCCACCUCUUCCAGGAGGGGCAGUCUCGUGAAGUCAAGUUUUGGAUAGCUACCGCAUCCGAUGCCCAGUGGAAUUUGUAUUUGUGGGAUAGUUAUCUGCCUGUGCUGGGCAAUCCAUAUGACAAGCGGAGUAUUAGAACCCCGGGUUGUCAUAUUCUUCCGGGGACUCUAAUUACGUUCUCCGAUGGUGAAUCGCGAAUGGUGGAGGAUGUCUCUCCCGCUCAUCGAAUCUUGACCCAAGUAAAUCCGAACAAGUCUGCUACAGCCGUUGCUUAUCCUGUUGAUCAGCCAGUGAAGACAAAAUUGAUGAGACUCAACGGAGAGGGCUCCUUCUUUCCAAGCUCGCAGGUUUUUCAUACGCCUACUGGGCUGCGGGCAGCAGAUCCCGAGGCUGCGCAGAUUUUGAAUCCAUUCCAACGAAUCGGUCAACUGGAUGUGGGACAUAUCGUCUUCCGUCUUCAAGGGGAGAAGUAUGAAGCUGUGGAGGUCAAGGCAAUUGAGCAAACAAAAGAAACCACCUUGGAUCGUGUCUAUACUCUCGCAUUACCUGGAGACGAACAGACGCUUCAUGUCCACGGCUAUCUGGUCGAAACAAAUGCUCCAGGCCACACUUUGAGGCAAACCAUCAAUGCGCUGCGCAAAGUGCCAGGUAGCAGAAGACUAGGAGUUUUGUCCCAUUGCAAAGAGAUGUGGCCGAUGUUCAAGAAAUUUGACAGUCAAUGCAUUAACCAACGGCUGAACUGGGAGUUAUUUGGUCAGUACAAGUCACCAGAUGGCAAGAGUCCCAAGGUGAAGAGGUCAGUCUCGUUUAGAGAUCAACUCAAGACAGAGAAAGCGCUAUCGCGGCCAACAGGUGUUGCCAUUGACGGUAUUGCGAGAGGGUUCGCUCUUACGGCCCACCAUCCCAGCAACCUUCCAGCUGGGUAUGAACUUCCAACUCUGAGCCUAGUCGAUGGGUAUCUCCUGGUCCAGGGCGAAGUGCAGCUACGGAGCACCUACGACUCCCAAGACCGGAGCUUCCACUGGACGCGGGAGCUGAAGCAGCAAAAUCUGUUCGAACAUGGGUCGGUCCAGAUUGACUCUCGAGCAAUUUCCGGGAACGGGGUUAUUUAUGUAUCCUCGGAAUCAGAGGCCCAAGCUAUGCCUGACCGGCAUCAGCUUCACCCAUUUGUGGCGCAUGCACAAAGCUUGGAGUCCCUGCACACCGCUCAGCAGGCAUCGGAUGAAACCUGGAAAUAUCUAAGCACCUACAAUGUAACUCUUGAUCAGAGUCCCUGGCCUGCAGACACCGAGCGAACUGAACCAGUGGACCCAGUCGACGGAGGUACCUUCGAAGAUGGUUAUCUGGUCAGUUCAGCAAACGUGAAAACACGUGCGUUGCGUCUGCCACUGGUUGAGCAGCUUCGGGAGCAAAUCAACCAAAAGUUCAAUCAGAAGCUGGGAACGUUCUACAAGGCCAUUUCGCAGUUCAACACUGAUGGAUUGGAGACAUUCAAGGUGGUAUUCAGCCGUGCACCAUUGGUUCCUUUUGUUUCUGACGCUGGGCUCGAUCUGAAAAGGAAAUUCAGCGUCGGGUUCGAGUCAGACCUGGAUAUUGAUGUGACCCUCCCGACACUGUUUCAGCAGAUGAAUAUCACGUUUGACGUCAGAUACAAAACAUUCACCGGAUACUUCUUUGAAUACGACCCGACCAAGCGUGGAUACAAGGGUGACCGGCAUCUUGUCACAGGGACUGCAAAACCCUCAUCUGCGGCGGAUACAAUUAGAUCCAGGGUCUCCCAAGCCUAUGCAUCCGUAUACAAGCCGGGUGUGACUGCCUCAUUGGAUGAGACCUUUCAGCCUGCACCAGUCACCAAGAGCUUGCUGAAAGCCAAACAGACAACCAUCGAUGACUUGAUGGAGCUGAGUGGCUACCAGGAAACUUCGUUACAUAACGGCACGCAGCAAUACAUCCAACAGAUGAUGUACUACCACAUGGACGAUGAACAAAGGGAAAAGAUCCUCCGGGAGCCAAAGCCCAUUAUCGGCCAAGACAUCCCAGCCAGUCUAGCGGAUAACUUACCAUCCAAGUUGAAGACCUUCUUCAAAGAAAAAUACGCCCCGGCCUUUAUAUGUCGCUACGUUGGUCGGACACAAAAGUACUCCGGAUCUUUCACAGACCAAGAAAUCAAGAAUCUCUGGUACUGGUGGGAAGGUAAUGGUCCCAACAGUCUCUCCCACAGCGAAGAGUAUAAUGAUAUCAACCGACUGAGCUCACGAGCGUCCAUGUUGGAGAAAUAUGCUAGUCAACUUGAACCAUACUUGAAUGACAACCCCGAGAAGUGGGCUAAAGACCUACACACUGAGCUCAUCGACAACAAGCAUCUGAUGGAAAUCUGGAUUGACAAGCCAAUACAGAAUGGCAACAACGUGAUCAACAAGCAAUGUAACAUUCUGGAUGCGCUGGAUCCGGGCCCAGACUGGGCAAAUCAAUUUUUCACCGAGUUUAUGGCAGUGGCAUUGGAAGAAGGCGGCGCAGCCGCAAAUAUCGAUGAUAGUGACCAGGACAGCCAGUAUAAAUGGGUCUAUGAUUCCAUGAGCGAUCUCAUACAGGCCAUUCUCAACGGCGACCAGUGGGUUUCCGAGGAUGUUCGCGCAGCAUUGCUGCAGGACAUUAAUGACUUCGAAGAGGCAAAUGGCUUGAACCAGCAAGCCGACGCGGAGCAAAGAGCCGCUGCUAUAUUGGAGAAAAGCACGGUGUUCAUGAGAGAACUGACGACUUGGAUGUCAUAUAUCGGCAAAGGAUUGCAGGCUGCUUUUGGAGGAUCUGCUUUGUUCAAAUGGGCCGGGGAAGCUUUUGACAAUGUCUCCUCCAAGUUUCUUUCCAAGCUUCCGGGAGUUGCUAAGCUGAAGGGGAUUUCCAGCAUUUGCAUGGCUGGGGUCAGUCUGGCCUCAGCCGCCGUGAGUCUAUGGGGCUUAGUGGAGAAUUGGGACUCCAUGUCCGAUGCUGCGAAGGCAACAGUGAUUAUCGAAGUCAUUGGCAUGGUGACUGAUGCAGCUGGCAACGCAAUCGAUGCAUUCAAGUCCUUCACUUCCAAGCCUGCUACGACGGCCACAGACCAGAUAAACAUGGAGGCUCUCAAUGAAAGUCUCUCUAGCGAGAUACGGGGCAGCAACGAGAAGCUAGGUAGUGUGGCCCAGGAGAUCUCAGGACCAGAGGAUUUCCGUACCGCAAUAGGCGAUGGCAUUCACGGUGAGGGACUUCCCAUGGAGGGUGGAACCAACGAAAGCUGGGACCAAGAUGUUUCGAGCAUCGCCGAAGAUAUCCCUCCGGGGUAUGAAGACGCGGCUAAGAAGUUCAACAUCUCGGGAAACCUACUACGAAUUCUCAAUAUCAUUCUUGGCAUUGGACUGGUUGUAGCCAUGUCAUUCUCGCUGGCGAAUGACUGGAAUUCCAUGUCCGAUACGGGCAAGGUCCUUGGCGUGUUGAACGCCAUUGUCCAGGGUCUGACUGUGCUGCUGGAUAUCAUUGACUUCGCCGCCGAGGCCGGAGUUAUUGCUGUUACUGGAACGAUGAGUGUGGCUCUGCCAAUUCUUGGAGCUGUUCUAGCGGUCAUUGGAAUAGUCCUCAUGCUUGUUCAGCUCUUCAUCAACCUCUUCGUUGCCAGGCAACCUCCCCCCGAUCCAAUUCAGGAGUUCAUCGACAAAGUUGGGCAUGCGCUGAUCAAAACCUUUGAUCAGGCGCCCGAGCCAAAGCUCACAUAUUCCAUUUCCAGUACCAGUGUCAGCGCAGAUAGUGUCAACACACUCACGAUCGAGGGGGUCAAUGAGACCAAGAGCGACGUUACCCUGUCGCGCACAACCAUCACUCUUUACUCCGGGGAUGACGACGUCUGUCUGUUCCGAAACGGCGCAGAUUACAUCCAGCUGGUGCCUGAUGACGAUCCUAACCGCGAAACGAGCGGCCAUACCUACGUCGCGCCUCAAAAGAUCACAGCUGGCCAGUUGCCCACGCCGGCUAAACUAGGAACUACUUCCAAUUACUACCAGUAUAAUCUUCAGGCUGCUGGUCCCCCGAAGGAAAAUUCUACCAAUCUCACAAGCUUGAUACUCAAACAUGGGGAGAAACUCAAAUCGGUAUGGACAGCGGUGGCCAACAAAAUAGGCGAUGACAAGGAAAAGUCGACGAGCUGGAUUGAAGUUAUUGAGGCUGGGCUCAAGGACAAGACCCAGCAUCAGUUCAAAAUCACCCGUGUUUGA